GCUAGCAAAGCGCUGCUAACACGCUGUAGCUACGACGAGAAACUUUUUUGCCCGACUCUGAGGCUUUGACACACGAAAAGCCUGUUCCGCCUUCAUGUUUUACCCUGUACCCUUCACUGUGGGAUUAUAUUCAAAUCCGAGCAAAGCGUGUGUCACCGUGACAGGUGCCAAUCAGUGCCGCUACACUAGCACUUGUGAGCAGCAAGCAUUCGCUUCGUGCGGCUAGCCGGCUAGCUAGAUGCUAAAUAUCGCCACUACUGUACUUUGGAGCGCCGGUAUGAUUUGUUUUAAAUGAACAUCCAGUGUAUUUUUGCGCCCCCAGGAGAUUAAAAAAAUAUGUCGGGAAUUAAACGGAAAAUAGAAGAUGGUGAUCCCGACUAUGAAGACAUUGCACUCGUCCAAAACAGUAAACGAAACAAAGCUGCGGAGUUAAGUGUGUAAACUUUUUCUGUCUCCCAUGGAAAGCUCGAGAUGCAACAGUUCAGAAGAUAGAAGCCAUCAUCACUGAGCAGUUUUCUUUGGAGAUGAAGAACAAAGAGCAUGAAAUUGAUAUUAUUAGUCAGCGACUCAAUGAAGCUCGAAGAAUGAUGGACAAAUUGAGGGCCUGCAUAGUGGCCAAUUUCUAUGCCAAUGCUGGCAUGACAAAGCUCCAGGAGAGCUCUAAGAGUGACCCGGGAGUGCUCAACCAUCCAGCCAUCCGCAGAUUCUUGGACUCUCCGUCCCGUUCCUCCUCCCCACUCAACCAGGGCUCAGAUACGCCUUCACUGGCCCAAUCUGAGUCAGAGUCCCUUUCACAGCUUGGAGAUGCUACUGACAAGGAUGUGGAGGGAGUUUGGAGAGAGGACAGCAGUAGAUCGGAACGGAGACCUGGUCGCAACACAGGAAAGGAUACAUUUGGUGUGCCGACAGUGCUUGGAAAUGAGCAGAGGCUGACCUACAACACCGCUGGAGAUGAGGCAUCCAGACUCUAUGCAAAGAAGACAAUCGUCGUGGGAAAUGUUUCCAAAUACAUUCCUCCCGAUAAGCGGGAGGAGAAUGACCAGUCGACUCACAAGUGGAUGGUGUACGUCAGGGGCUCCAGGAAGGAGCCCAGCAUCGACCACUUUGUCAAGAAAGUCUGGUUCUUCUUGCACCCCAGCUACAAACCUAAUGACCUGGUGGAAGUCAGUGAGCCUCCAUUUCAUUUAACCCGUCGCGGGUGGGGUGAAUUUCCUGUAAGGAUCCAGAUCCAUUUUAAAGAUCCUCGCAACAAACGUAUUGACAUCAUCCAUCAGCUGAAGCUUGACAGAACUUACACUGGGCUGCAAACACUGGGUGCAGAGACGGUGGUGGAUGUGGAGCUUCAGAGGAAUUCCCUUGGCGAGGAAUACAUCUUGCAGCCAUCUUCCUCCAAGGUGACCCACAGUGUGAACAGCCCAAUGGCGGCCACCUUGUCCUCCCAGCCUUGUGGUCACUCCAGUUCGCCCAUCUCCUCCUAUGAUUUUACUUUCGACAAAACUUUGAUCAAAGCGGAUACAAGUAGGCCAGCAGGAGGUCACAGCUCAGGCCUCAGUGCGGGUGAACGCACACCUACCCGACCCAAAGCCAGUGAUAGGAUCACUCUGGGUUCUCAUGGAAACUCAGCCUUCCAGCCCAUUACAGCAAGCUGCAAGAUUGUUCCCCAAGGACAGGCGCCAAGCCCUGCUGAGUCUCCUGGGAAGUCUUUCCAACCGAUAACGAUGAGCUGCAAAAUUGUCUCAGGUUCUCCCAUCUCUACACCAAGCCACUCACCGCUGCCUCGCACGCCCACCUCUGCCACCCCUGUCCACAGCAAACACAGUUCAUCCUCGGUGCUCAAUAACCCUUACGUCAUCGUGGACAAGCCAGGCCACGUGACUGGUGUGGCAUCCUCGUCGGCCGCCUCCGCAGGAAGCCCCUCGGCAAAACAAUCUGCUGCUCAGGGAACCCGCUCUCCAGCCCCUAAAGUCCACACUGGCACAUUCCUCUCAUCUGGAAUGAAAGUUAUCAUAAAGCAAGAGCCAGGUGAAGUUUCAACACAGCAGCAGCAGCAGAUGGCUUCCACGGUAACCACCCAACAGCAAUCACCUGGUACAGCGUCACAUCAGUUUGUCUCAGUCAAAGGAGGGCACAUGAUCUCCAUGUCGGCCCAGAAGCAGGGGGCAGGGGGCUCAGGAACCACAACAAACAAGAUGUUAGGUAUUCCCGUGAGUUCAACGCUCCAGUCUGCUGUGAAGCAGGUGGCCAUCAGCAGCGGGCAGAUUCUGGUUGCCAAAGGCAACCCCUCGGUUUCUAAGGUAGUGGGAGGAAAGCAAGUUUUGGCUCAGGGGGUAGCAAAAGCCAUUGUCAGUGGAACCAGUGGCAUCUCUGGUCAGCAGGCGACAGCCAAGGCAGGCGGGGGUUCGAGUGGCAAAACUGGAGUGAUGGCUACUCUUCAACUGCCUGCCAACAACCUGGCUAAUCUGGCCAAUUUGCCUCCGGGCACCAAGCUCUACCUGACCACCAACAGCAAGAACCCCUCAGGGAAGGGCAAGCUGCUUCUCAUCCCACAGGGCGCCAUCCUCCGAGCCUCCAGUGCAGGUCAGCAGUCUCAGAGCAGCUCAUCAGCAGGAGCAGGGGGCACUCAAACCUCCUCCUCUUCCUCAUCCAGCAGUUUGCCUUCCAACCUCUCCUACACAUCCUACAUCCUUAAACAGACCCCUCAGGGCACUUUUCUUGUGGGCCAGCCAUCACAGGGUUCAGGGAAGCAGGGGCAUUCAGGUAUGGCAGCACAUGCACAUACGUCAUCUGCAGCUAAUGCUCCUCAGCAGGCCAUUCGGGUCACAGCGGGACAGAAGGCUGCCAUUUUGGCUCAGAUGGUUGGUGGCUCCCAUGGGGCUCAAGUGAAGUUGUCAGAUGGCUCCGUGAAGACAGUGACAGCAGCAGGGCAUGUUUCCAAGCCUGGGAUGACCACAUUGAGAAUGACAGGCGGCGUCAUCACUGCUGCUAGCUCCACUCCCAGCUCAGCCAGCGCUUUGGCAGCUACCAACCAGCUGCAGGCUUCUGAUGGUGGGAAGUCUGUCUCCCAGCACCACUCCCUCCUGAUGGCAGCCAAUCAAGCAGCAGUGAUCAGUGCGGCCAAGAGUGCCAGCGCUGCUGGAGGUGGUGCCUUGUCAAAAACUGCCAUGGCCACCUUGGUCAAAGGUGCCACAAACACUGUUGCAAUGUCUAAAAGUGCUGCUGGUUCAUCUGGGGCUCCAGUAACUGUUGCUAAGUCCGUGGCCAGCAUGCCUGUUGUCAGUAUGGCCAAGGGUGCAGGUGCUAUGAUACCGAAAAGCGUUAGUACGUCACUGGUCACGGCAGGAUCGGUGGUCAGUGGGAUGGCGGCGGGAGGAGGAAAGACUGCUUCAACUCUUUCAGGCAUGCUGAAAAUCCAUUCUGGCGGUGCCAACUCACAGCAGACAGUCUUGACCAUCCCUGCUAACCAGUUAAAACAGCUAGGGGUGACCAGUGGGUCAGCAGCGAUGCAGACCAUACUCAUGCCUGUUGGUAAAGUGAAGACUGAGCCGUGUGCCGGCACAGCUGUCACAGCCGGUCCAUCACCCCCGGCAACGGCCCCCGUCUCCACAUCUGUCCACAUUCCGUCUGCAAACACCACGGUCAAGCAAGAGCAAGGCACCGAUCAUUCUACGCAUGACCUAAUCAACACUGAACACAUGGAAACCAUGAUGCAUCUAAUGACAGCGGUGGUGAAGAAAUUCCCUCUCAUUGUGCCGGAUAAGUCUGAAGACUCGCAUCCAUUCUGUGCCUCUUCAACAGAACAGUAUUAUUCCUGGAAUAUUGGGAAACGCAGGGCAUCAGAGCUUCAGCGAGCAGUGGUUGUUAAGCGGACCAUCCAGAACGUGUUGGAUCACUCGCCUCGGCUUCAGGCUCUAACCCCCCCAAAGACCAGAGAGGUGGUGCAGUGGUGUCGGCAGAGGGGGUACACCCCCCCUGACCCGGAACCCCUGCACAAGAAUGACGACGAGUCCAUCGAGGACAUCCUCACGCAGAUUGACAGCGAGCCAGAAUGUCCUACCACGCUGACCAGCAGUGAUGAGCUUGUGCUACGGCUGGAGCAAAUGCAAGCUCUGUUGAAGACGGAACCAGAGGAGGCCGACGACGAGAUCGUGGACGUCAUCACCGUGAUGCCGCCGUGCCAGAAACUCAAGGUCAAGGAGGAGGAGCAGGAGGCCGACACUGAGCCCAAGUUCUUCUUAGUGCCUUGCAUGGCGGCCCAGUUUGUCAGUGAAGCAGCCCAACAGAUUGGGAUCACCUUCCAGCCUGUGGAGGUGGAGAAGAACCUUUUUGCUCCAGUGAUUGAAGACAUGAUACUGAAGGCAACGGAGCAGUUGGCCAGCGACAUCCUGAGAGAAGCUCUGGCGGCAGCCUUUGCCAAAUCCCCUCAGAACAGGGCCCCGAGAGAGAUCACGGCCAUGAACAUUCACCAAGCCAUUUGUAGCAUCCCAACCUGUGACUUCCUCACCAACUCGCACAUGGGUUGCCUAAUUAAGGACAACUGAAGCCGGCCAAAGCUGACGCGUGCCGAACCUUGACGGCGAGCAGGAAGUCUCCCGGAUCCACAUUCCCACCAGAAAGGUCCUCUCUCUUGAUGAUCUCGUUGACUUUAUCACUUAAAAGGGCUCACCACCUUGCUGCUUCUAGAUGCCACAGCAAGUGGCUCUUUUGAUUUCUACAGAUAGUUGCACUCCCGCUUACCUCAUGAGUAGAUUUUUUUUUUUUUUUUUUUUAAAGAAUGAAAAUGUUUCCUGUCACACAGCCUGCUAGUUCAUCAUUUAAAAAAAAAAAAAAGGAAGCCUGGGCCAAAUCGACCAUAGACUGACACUACUUUAUGUAUUCCAAUUCUUAUGAUUCAACUCUGUAGUGCUUGCCGCCCUGAAGCAAAUCUACUGUUCCCAUGGUAACUAAGGAUCUGCCAUGAAGCGCAUCCUUUCAUGUAGUACUGUAGUACCACAUUACCCUGCGUGGGUAAUAACGGUCACACGAUUGUGCUGGUUUUAGUCACUUGCGCGUUCAAAACCGUUUAGUUCACACUAUUAUCACAUAAAUUGGUAAAGGUACAUAAUGUUGGUGUUUUGUUGUUUUUUUUUACAUCAUGUGUUUAAGUCAGUCUAAGUAUUUAUAUCUGUCAAGUUGGACAACUCGUGAUCAUAUACACUGUUUAUGUGAUCAAUGUGAAAUAGAUGCUAUUUGCAAGUCUGUUUUAUAUUUUUAUCCAAGAUCAUACCAUGGCAACCGUGUGUAUGUGUGUGUGCGUGUAAGUUUGGUUUGUGAAUGUGUAAUUACCCAAUACUGUGUUGGUAAUGGCUUUUUAGUGUCCAACUUUUGCAUUUUGUUUGUGUAUAAUAUUGAACAAGUGUUGGUCUGAGUGUAUGUUGAGGCUAUUGAACCAAACGACUGUCGACAAUACCCCCCAACGUUGUAUUUUCAUGUUUCAGUGAAAACCAAAAAUAUUGUCAAUAUUCUUGUAAUAAACAACAAAAAAAGCCCGAGUAAGUCUGGUAAAUACUGUCACAUACUCAAAAAAUGGCCAACAUUG